UAUCGGUGGAAUAAAGUGUGGAUCGCUAGUGUUCGUAAACUGUAAAUGACAACUGACUGUUACUGGCAGUUACAAGAGAAAUCGUGAUCAGAUGAGUAAUACCUGUGCAAUAUUUCCAGGGACGAUACUUUUUUCCCGUCGAUCGUAAUAUUUUUCCAAUACGCGAUAUAUACAAUAGGUGUUCCGUGAUUUUUUAUAUGUAUUCUAUAGUUUACGAAUUGGUGCUUUUUAUAAGUAUUAAUAACUGUGAUAAUAUAAAACGGAUUAAUCCGUAUUAUUGACUACUUUCGGGAUUAUUUCUAAACUUAUUUUUAAAAGCAAGAUUAUGGCUGCAACAUAAGGAAGGAUACAGUAAAUAAUAAUGGUAGCUGCUGGUGCAACAGUUUUGAUGGCAGCCAGCGGAGAAAGUUCUUCGAAUGGAACAGAAAAUAACUCUUCGGAAUGUGUAAAUGCUACUGAUCCUUCUAAGUGUAAUGAAAUACAGUGCAAUGAACAAAAUACCGAGUGCAGACCUAGGAAGAAUUUAAUACCUUGUUCGUCUGAUAAGGAUAAAAAAAAUAGCUAUACGUUAGGAAAGUCUAAUCGUGCAACACAAAGAGUGGAAAAUAAGGAUCAACAUAAAAAUCUUGCAUUACAUAAGGUAACGCAUAUUCGUGAGACUAAAGCUUCUAGGCUACGUGCUGCUUCUAUUGUAUCAUCGAAUAGUAAUACAUCAAAACGAUUAGGUGUUUUGGAAACUUCUACUCCUUCAGGCUCCCAACUGAGUGCUAAUUUAUCUACUAAAGUAGACAAUCCAGUAUCUUCAGACAAUGGUAAUACAAUGAAUCCGGUGCGAGAAAGAGAUAAAAGUUAUAAAAGAAAAUCAUAUCUAAAUCGAUCGAGCAAUAUAGAGGCAGUUCCAUCAGAUCGUUUAAUUAACUCUGAAUAUAAUGAAAGAAGAGGUUCAAGACAAUCAAGUAAACAAAAUCACAUAUCCGAUACAAUAUUGUCUUCCGAUACUGGUGCUUCUCAUCAGACUGCUGCUAGCUCACAAAAAAAGCAUACAGAAUCAAAACUUGGCUCAUCGCGUGUUAAUUUUCAUUAUAACACACAUCGUUCCAAACCUAAUGUCUCAUCAACUGUUACAUCUCUUCCAAAUACAAAAUGUUGUAAUGCACCACAAAGCAGUAAGGACGGUCAUAGCGAUUCAGAAGUCUCGAGAAGGGUUGAUGCACUGACUGCAUUGACAAAAGCUACUAUGGAACGAGUAGAAAGACUUGCAUCGCAUAGUGGUUUAUCAGUAAAUCAUAAACAAAAGUCUGAGAUUCAUUUAACUAAUGUAUCACCUACAAGAAAUGUGGCAAAAUGUACAAAUCAUUCUGCAAACAUUCAUACAACAGUAUCACCGAGUAAAUGUUCUAUCUUAAAAAAAUCCACUGAUGAAUAUCCACAAGAUUCUUGUUCAGGACGUCAACCACCAGUAUCUAUACUUAAACAUAAGGUGGCUGAAAAUGAAACAGGUCAAUCUUCAUCUAGUACAUCACACAAUACAUUACCUGUGACAUUUUCACCAUCUGUGAUAGAACCAAUUCAUAAAAGGCAUGGUAUCUUAAAAAAACGUAGUAGUUUGGAUGAAAGCGAAAUACUUCGACGGCGCAGUUGCUCACCUGAUGUUUCUUUUAAUGAUAACAACUAUUCCGAAUUUAGGCCUAUUUUAAAAAAUCAAAGGCGAUCGUCGUUAGAUGAAAUCAUAAAACGAGAUCAAAGCCCUGAUCCUCAACCUACUUCGAUAUUGAAACGUAAGUCUUCUAGAGAAGACGAUAGAGAAGACGGCCAAAUUGGUUCUCCAGAACCACAGGGGAUUCUUAAAAGAAAAUCUACAAAUAAUACAAGAUCAAGCAAUACCAUUCAUCACGUGACAAUUGCAACAGAUCUUACAAAUGGUACUGAAACAUUUGAAGGUUCUGAAGUGAGACCAAUAUUGAAAAAAAAGCACAGUAGAGAAGAAUCCUCUGGAAAUGAUCCUCCUUCGCUCGAGCCGCGUCCAAUAUUGAAAAAAAAAUCAAGUACAGAAUCUGACGAACACGAUGAUAAACCUAAGAAAACAAUUUUAAAGUGUUCACGAAAAAGUCCACAAGAUGAAUGCAAUUAUGAUAUGGAUAUAACUUCUCCUAAGAAACUUUCUAUGUUAAAAAAUCGUGUCUUACAAUCUAGAUCGGGUGGAUUAUUAGAAAACGAUUGUGUAAAACCAAUAUUAAAACAAUCUACUUCUCGAGAAAUUGAGACACGUGUACGCUUACAUAUUCAUGAUACGAAUGUAUUAAACGACUUAUCUGUAACUGGAAAUAACUUGUUUUUACGAAAACGAGCACAAUCGGUUGGUCAUGUACAACCUUCUAACAUAUGUAACGAGUUAGCUGUUGUACGUGAUAAAAGAAGAUCUCUUGAAUCGAGUUCUUUGUGUGAUAUGUUGCAAAAUCAAUCAUAUAUAAAAUCAAUGAGUGGUAACAAUUUAAGCUCGCAUUUGUCACAGUCUAAUGAAAGUUCAGUCACAACCCGUCGCGAUUCCAUUGAUAGUGCAACUGUGGACGAGAAAGUCAAUAAAGAAUAUAAAGACAAACGAUUGAUACUCAAGAAAGAAACAUCAAGUGAAAUAAAACCGGAAUCCCACGAAUUUGUUAUAAAUAGAAAUUGUGAGAAAAACAUAAAUUUUUAUACUCAAAUGUCUAUAUCUAAGAAAGCUGAACUUAAUUUAAAUCCACCUGUGAAUGAAUCAAAAACAGAUUUGGAAGCAAGUAAUAUAGAAGAAAAUUAUAUUGCACAUCGUAGUAACAGUGUAUCUGCAAUGGCUUUACACUUUAAGAAUAUGGAGGAGAAUGUAACGUCUAAAGAAAAAAGUACAUCUCAAAAUGUACAAUAUAAAGCAUCACAUGGUAUACAACGUUAUAGAGAACGUAAGCUUCAAGGCAAUGAUAGAUUUAAUACGCAACCCGUGACUUUACAAGAGGUCCAAGAAGCUGUAUUACAAAAUCAACGUAAUGCUGCUUCAAACAAUGAAGCAUCUUCUAGUAUAAAAGCAGAAAGUACUUAUACACCUGAUGACGAAUAUGAUCCAUCAAAAUUGAGUUUAGCAGAACGGGUGAGAUUAUUUAAUCAAAAAAUCAUAGCAGAAACAUCAUCUUCAUCAAACAAAGUUUCUCAGGAAAGACAUUUACGAAGGCGACCUGGUACUCGUUAUAAGACACAACCCGUUACAUCUGAAGAAGUAGAGGUUGCGUCCCGUAUAUCUCCAUUAAACGCUGUUGAGAAACUUUCUUUAACUAAAGGUAUUUUUGAAGAAUCUCAAAAGACAAUUAAUGAUACCCAAUUGUCAACUGGUUCUCAAAAUGAAUUGCCAAAAAGUAUCUUAAAAUCUUCUAGCUACCAUUCAAAUAAUCUAUUUCGAACUAAAAGUCCUGAACUUGAAGGUUUGAAAUUAAUAAAGUCUGUACUUAAAAAAGAAUCAGAGGAAUUACAACAACAAGCUUCUAGUACUUGUGAUAUUAUGCCACAUUCAAAUUUAAGAAGCAGUACUCCUACAUCAUUUGAUAAAUGUGAUUCAAAUUAUAAUAAUGAUGAAACAACCAGCAGUGAUACUUUUCUGCAAAGUAAAAAUACAGAUGUUAAGCAACAUCAAUAUGAAGAAAAAGAAGAUACAACAGUUACAUUGUCAAAAGAUUUUUAUUAUUUACAUAAUUUAGAAAAACACGAUGAUAAAGAGGGCAUUUACAAUGAAAUAAAACAAGAACACACAGUGCCUUGUCUUACAAAAGUAAUCUCUCAGGAUAAGUCAUGUAGAUCAAGAACCAAUUUCAAUUUAGAUGAAAUAGAUAAUAUUAAAAUUGACAGUGUUAUGUCACAAAAAUAUAAUAGCGAAGAUAAACAUUUACCUAAAAAUGAAAUACCUCAGUCUUCAGACGAUGACGCGUCUUCUUCAGCCAGCCGCGAAGUCCGUGGUAUUAUUAAAAAUGAAGCUAUUUUUCGACGACGUCAGAAUGCAUUAACAAAACAAGCUAAACAUGCUGCUUUGUCCAAAAGUGCUAGUCAUCAUGCAUUAAGUAGCGAAGGUACAUCAUUUGACGUAACAAAAGAGAAAUGUAAUGCUACCACAACUUUACCAGGUUUAUAUCGUAGCGCAACACAAACGAUACCUAUUUCAGAAGUUGCUGAAAGUCCAAGUAUGAGUAUCGCUGAUCGAUUAGCAGCACUUCAACGUAGCGGCAGUACUAAUUGGAAACGUCGGAUAAUGAGUGAAACUUCUGAUGUACUUUGCAGUACUACGUUUAAUAAGGAAGAACUAACGAUUAGACAAGGUGUAUUAGCUGAUUGUCUUGGUAAAUUAGAAUCUGCUGCAGAGGGAUGGAAAAAACGAAUUGCUGCACCAGAUGCUAUCAAAUUUACAGUAGCAGGUAAAAUGAAAGUUGAACAAACAGAAAAUUUAGAAGAGAGUUCGUCUUCACUUUGCAUCGAAGUUAUGAACAAUAUCGCGGACAAGAAAAAAAGACCAAGGCCGGAAAGGUUUAAAGGACGAAAAGAUACAAAGGAUAUUCUUUCGACGCCUUCAAGUCCAAGCAAAGAUUCACCCAUUACAGUAAGAAGAAGUUUCUCAGAGCCUGCCAGCGAUGAAAGUGGUGAAGAAAAUAAAACUAAAUCUACUGUAUUAGCAACUGUAUCUGUUCCUAAAGUAGAUGAUGAAACUUUUACAUCUUUCUAUACUGGAGUAUCUUUGAAAAAAUGUGAGACUGAAAGUUUUAGUUUAGAUGAAAGUGCUUUUGACGUAAUCACAUCGCAUUCGGAAUUACUAGGCCAAAAACGAAAUAUACAAACACAGAAAAGGCGUGCAGCUUCGAAAAAUCCUAUAAAAUUGCUUGCAUCGCGUACCGAUUUGAAAUCUGAAUAUACCGAAGUUUCUACAGGAAUUGCAGAGAAGGUAAUGAGAAGUUUAAACGUAGAGAAACUUGCUAAAAAUUCAGCCUUGGCUGUAGAAGCUCUCGCUGGAUUAGCUUCUACGGAAGAUUUUAGCGCUAUAACGUUAAGAAAUAUUGCGGAUGCAAAUUAUACUAUGAAUAAAUUACGACCGUAUAAAGAUUUAAUGUUGAUUAUGGUAAAAGGCAGACGUCAUGUUCAAGCUAGACUGGUUGAACCAGUAGCUAACAGUAUCAAUAGUGGUGAUACUUAUGUAUUAGUUACAAAAUCAGAGGUUUAUAAUUAUGUGGGAAAAUAUAGUAAUGUUAUUGAAAAAGCUCGUGCAGCAGAGAUAGCAUUAAGUAUUCAGCAGAAUAAGGAUCUAGGUUGUCAAGCUUCUCAAGUUAUUACAAUUAAUGAAGAUAAAAUAACUUGUACAAGAAAUCAAAUUAAACAAUUUUGGAAUUAUCUUGGCAUAGAUACUGAUAUUGAUGUGAUUGAUGGUGGUCACCCUGAUGAAGAUGAAUUAUAUGAAUCUGCUAUAAUCAAUACAAAUAUGAUAUAUGAAGUUAAAGAUGAAGAAUUAGUUCCUCUUGAAAAGUAUUGGGGUGCUAUACCAAAGAUUGAAAUGUUGGAUUUGAACAAGAUACUGGUAUUUGAUUUUGGAAGUGAGAUGUAUAUAUGGACUGGUAAAAGAGCCUCAAAUAAUAAGAAAAAAGUUGCUACCCGUCUUGCCACAGAACUAUGGAAGGAAGGCUAUGACUAUACAGAAUGUGCAAUUUGCCCAAUCAAUGCAGCAUGUAUGAUUGGAAGACGUAAUAAAUUACUUACAGAUAUAAAAAAUGAAAAAACAAGACCUUCAUGGUGCCUAUUUGCAAAAUUAACUCAACAUGUUGAAACAGUUCUUUUUCGUGAAAAAUUUCUUGACUGGCCAAAUGUUGCUGGUAUAAUCAAAAUGAAAACUAUUAAAGAUAAAGAACAAAUCGAUGGAACAAUAAUUGUAGAGCCAUGUAAUUUGAAUGUUAUAAUAGAACCAAACAAUACACCUGUUGAUUUAAAUAUUAAGGGAUGUCAUUUGGGAAGAGGAACUGGUUGGUAUGAUGAUGAGUUAAUGAAACAAUAUACUGUCGAAACUACAAGUAUAAAUGUAUGGCAUAUAGAUGAAUUUUCACAUACAUUAUUGGAUAAUUUGUCAAAUGGACAAUUUUAUACGGGAGAUAGCUAUAUCGUACGUUGGAUGUACUCAGUUACUAUUACUGGUCGUGAACUUAGUGGGUUGCAAUCUAAACAUUCCGCAAAAGGAAGAGAUCGUUCAGUGUACUUUAUUUGGCAAGGAAAAAAUGCAUCUUUAAACGAACAAGGUGCAGCAGCUUUGCUUACAGUAGAACUUGAUAAUGAACAAGGACCACAAAUUCGUGUAGUUCAAGGUUUUGAACCAGCUGCUUUUUUAAAUUUAUUUUCUGGAGGGAUGGUAAUACACAUGGGUAAAAAAGCAGAUAAAAGAUGUGGUCAACAAUGGAGACUGUAUAUUUGUAGAGGCACACUUGAAUCGGAAGUAUUUUUAACUGAAAUACCUUGUAGCACUCGUCAGUUGAGAAGUCGAGGUUCAUUCGUUUUAUUAGAUAUCAAAGAUGCAAAAAUCUAUGUGUGGCAUGGAUCUAAUGCAUUGCCUCAUAUAAGAAAGAAUGCAUUAUUUGCUGCUGAUAAAAUUAAAGAUAAACGACUGGAAGAAUUUGGAUUAACAUUUGAAAUUAAUUUAGACAUUCUUGAAAUUAAUGAGGGUGCAGAACCUGAAGAAUUUUUUAAUGCCUUAGGUGGAAUGAAUAAGACUUUAUAUAUUUCUUUGAAAAAAGAUCAAAUUCAAGAUCACACACCAAGAUUAUUCCAUUUCUCUAGUAUUACUAAAGAAUUCAAAGUAACAGAAAUAUUAUGUCUACAUCGUGGUCAUCUGCCUACUCCUUUUCCCUUCUUACAAGAUGAAUUGUAUCAGGUUAAUCAGCCAGCCUUAUUUUUACUUGACAAUAAAAAUGAGGUAUGGAUAUGGCAAGGAUGGUGGCCUGAUUCUGAAGCUGAAGACCAUUCUGGUAGUAAAGCAGUAAGAUGGCAAGCUGAAAGAAAAACUACAAUGACUAUGGCAAUCCAGUACUGGGAAAGUAUUCACCCAAAUAUUACAAAAUUCCCAAUAUAUCUAGUCUGGGCUGGCUUAGAGCCAUUGCAAUUUAUAAAUCUAUUUCCUACGUGGACAUAUCGUGACGAUAUUGCGGAAUUAAAUAUGCAGGAGGGCCGAAAUCCAGGUGAAAUGUUGAAAGUUGAAAGUGAGUUGGCUCGAUUAACGCAAAGCACUUAUCCACCAGCUCAAUUAUUACAACGACCACUACCAGUAGGAGUUGAUCCUACAAGACUUGAACUUUACUUAUCUCAACAGCAUUUUCAAGAAUUAUUGGGAAUGAGUAAAGAAGAAUUUCAAGAACUUCCUAUGUGGAAACAAGUGAAUCUCAAAAAAGAGGUAGGAUUGUUUUGAUUAGUUACCUGGUUUAUAUAUUCUACGAGAAAUAGGUGUUCUUGUAAAGCGUUUAAUAAACUCUUAAUUCACUGUUUCAUAA